UCAGGUGAUCAGCACUGAAACAACAACAAACAGGUGAGACACAGGCCUAGGCUACAGCACUGUGCAUUUUCGUUUCCAUUCCAAGUUUAAAAGUGUCUUCUGUCGCGGCAUCAUACUAAGCAUGGCGAUAACAAGGUGUGUUAUGCUCAUCAUGAUCUUGAGUGUACUGGAGUGUUGUAAGGGAAUUCAAGUCCAGCCGGAACAAAUACACUUGUCAGCUACAGAACGAAUUGAUGAGAUGAUGGUAACAUGGAGCACAUUCAAUGACACCGAAGAAUCACUGGUCAAGUUUGGCAACAAUUUGACCCUUAGCAUGGUUGCCAAGGGAACAAGUACAAAGUUCAUUGAUGGUGGGAGUGAGAAGAGGGCUCAGUUUAUCCAUCGGGUCAAGUUGUCAGGAUUGAAGCCAGCUGAAAUAUACUAUUAUCAUUGUGGUAGUGCAGAAGGUUGGAGUCCUCUUUUCAUCUUCCAGACCUUCCCAAGUGGUACAGAGUGGAGCCCUCGGUUUGCUGUGUAUGGUGAUAUGGGAAACGAGAACGCACAGUCACUUAGUCGUUUACAGGAGGAUGUUCAACAAGGAAUGUAUCAUUCCAUUCUUCACGUUGGUGAUUUUGCAUAUGAUAUGGAAAAUGACAAUGCACGUGUUGGUGACAAGUUUAUGCGCCAAAUAGAAUCGAUUGCAGCUUACUUACCAUAUAUGACCGCCACUGGCAAUCACGAGUAUGCUUAUAACUUUUCAAAUUACAAGAAUCGAUUUACUAUGCCAAAUUUUAAGGAGACUGCUAAUCUGUGGUACAGUUGGGAUGUAGGACCAGCACACAUUAUUUCCUUCUCAACUGAGGUAUACUUCUUUGUAUACUACGGCCUUUUCCUCAUCAACCACCAACUUGAAUGGCUCAAGCAGGACCUGGAAGCAGCCAGCAAAAAUCGAGCUGAGCGACCUUGGAUUAUUACAAUGGGUCAUCGACCUAUGUACUGCUCAAAUACGGAUGAUGAUGAUUGCACGAAGGCUAACGGUGGUUUUAGUUUAAUAGGGUAUGAGCUUGAAGAACUUUUUUAUAGCUAUGGUGUAGAUGUUGAACUGUGGGCACACGAACACACCUAUGAGAGGCUUUUACCUGUUUACAAGGGAAAGGUGAUGAGUGGUAGCGCCGAUGCCCCUUACACAAACCCCAAGGCACCUGUACACAUCAUCACUGGCUCAGCUGGGUGUAAAGAAAGACAUGAUCCAUUCACCCCGACCCCAGCUCCCUGGGAUGGUUUCCGUUCUCAGGAUUAUGGCUACACAAGGAUGACGAUAACAAACAGAACUCACCUUUACUUGGAGCAGGUAUCCGAUGAUAAGAAUGGCAAAAUUAUUGAUGACAUCUGGAUUAUAAAGGAAAAACAUGGACCUGAAGCAUGGAAUUGAUGAUAACAUUAACUAAUUUAUUACACCAAAUAUACCUAUUGUACCCAGGUUUUUGUUAACCUCAAACAAAAAUUAUCACUACAAACUUAAAUCAAUUGAAACAGUGAGUGAUUACUCUUUUAAACUUGCUCACUUUUAUUUGUUUCCUUCUCUUUACUUCCUUUUUUUCAUUUCCUACUUUUCUUUUCUUUUUCAUCUCUAGACUAUCUUAUAACUCUAUUUUAAAUUAUGCUAAGUUUUUAAAAUAUAUUUCUUAGCUGUGUAGGUUGGAGUUUAAAAUACAUUACUAUUUUAUAUGUAAUAUGCUUGCACUAUCUGUUUUAACAUAUUUUUAAAAAUUAUAUAUUAGAUACCUCAUAUUAACGUUAUGCAUCUGUGAUUGUGUAAAAAAAUUAUUUAAUUAUAAAAAUUAGGGCACUUUGCAAUGAUAAAUAUUAGAUUCAAACAUAUUAUACUACUGA